AAAAAAAAGAUUUUAAGGUUUCAUGUCCUGUCCAUGGGCGCUUUAGCUUUCAUGUGUUGUCUCAAGUAGAAUUAGAGUGUCCAGACCUAGAAUUUCACCCAGAAAUACGUUCUUCUGAUGUGAUUUGACUUAGCUGCUCGAUAGAGUGAGUUAUCUCGAUUUGAAAAUCCGGGACCGAAUCGAGACCCUAAAAAACUAAAGUCCCUGGAACUUAGCCGAAAUCUAAUUCAUGUUUAACCCUCAAACGUUAACACAAUGUUCUUUUUUUUAAAUUGAUCAUUUCAAGUCUGUUUGAAUUCGCUUUUGUAAGUUCAAACAUACUUGAAUGAUAUCUUUGGUUCUUAUUUAGAGCAAAAAAAGCGUUUUACUCGAAUUCAUAAUGUUCAGGUAUAGGCCCCGAUUUCUGUAGGCCAGACCUUUGCACAUCUUGUUUGCUUCUAUCUUGUGAGUUCUUAGACAACUCUGAAUUAGUAAAGAGCUGGUUCGAACACGGAAUACACAUGUCAUGAUUUCAUUUGAUGAACGAUCGAGAUCUGUCUUGUGAUGACUUCAGAAGGGAAAUAUUUCUCUUCGAACAGCGUAGAGCUAUGUGGAGUUAUCUUGAUUAUUUUUGGUUCAAUCUCCACGUUGGAGGCCGAAUCUGUGAAUCUUCUCGAUCUCUUGGAACAAGAACAUCACCAACCAGCCAUUUUUGCUCGUGAUCAAGUAUUCAGAAGUCUCGAUUCCUCCAUUGGUAUUUCAAAUGCCUCCCAAAACAAUAUUGGUAUUCCAAGGAUUUGCCGUUGUCAAAGAGAUCGCCCCUUGGAGCCCAAACUAGAAAGCCCAGGAAAAGGAUUCGCGAAUGGGCGUGGCAAUCUAGACGAAGCUCCUCUAACCUCCAACCUAGAGAGAAACCAACAUCUUCAAGAUUGGAUCGAGGACGCCCAAAUGGCAGAAGAGAAACGGCCUUUCCAGCAAGAUCAAAAGGUUGAAAGCCAAGGUGGUUCCCUGGGGUUUCCUGGUGGACAAAGUGUGGGCACACUAGAUCAUGAGCACAUAGAAGGGAGAGACCGGAUUCGAGGAUCCAUGGAUCAAGGCACUAUUAUUGGCACGGUUCCCAAUGGCCGGGCACCCAAAGCGGUAUCGUUUCCAAAGGUUCGACCUCAAAUCUACGAAUAUGGUAGUUCAUGGGGUGUAAGACCGCCUAAAGAAGGUAAAGAUCAGCAGCAACAAUUGCCUAGUGGUCCAAUCUUUGAAGAUAUACCUCCACCACGUUUGGCUCCUGAAGGUGAGAGGCCCAGACACGAUCUGGGUCCCAAGGGCCAAAACCUGAAGGCACCAAAAGAACACAGAGUUCCCACAGAAUAUCAAGUUCCUCCCAAUGGUGACCUUGAGAUGAUUAGACCAGGUUUUGCCCAACCAGAGGAGGUUCCUACAGUUUGGCGCCCUUCAAGACCAGGACAACAUCAAAGAAGAGACCAGGUUUUUGAUCGUCCCACCAACCCACCCCCAAGUCAAGGGGGUAGUUCGGGGGGGUUUCAACCAGACCGCCCGAAGCAGGUGGAGAACCCCAAUUUUCGACCUCUAGGGCCAGAUCCAUACUUGAAUGCUGGUUGGCACAACGCUCAGCCCCGGGUUUCACCGGGAUUUGAACCAGGAGAAAUUGGGGUAUUGGAGGCAAAAAAUCAACCCAGAGAAGAUCCAAUCAAUUUGAAGAGAAGGGCCUCUAGGGGACAUGGAUCCCAAUUCAAAUGGGAUGAAGAUGAUUCUAUAUCUGGGGAGUUCAAGAGAUUUGGAGGAUCGAGUGAAGAAGUGUCAAGGGAUCGCCAAGACACGUUUUCAAAGGCUAAUGAAGAGUCCGAAAGGCAAAUGCGGUUGAAGCAAUUGCGGCGAGAACGGCGUAGAGAAGCUGAAUUGGGAAGGCAGGGCGUAAGGAAAAGCCGCAGAAGGAAAUCUUCCAAGUCCAGUGCAAAUCAAUCAAGUUCCAGAAAGGAUCAAUUUCACGCCACAAUUGGUCAUUCGAAUGGGAUUAGUUUCGAGUCCAAUGUAGAGCAUCACCGUCAAGAAUCGGCCUUUGCUAGCGAACAAGAAGAGGAAUCCGAAUAUAUCAGCGUGUAUGAGGACGAGAUCCUCGACAGGGGACGAGGUAGAGGUGUCAAUCCAUCACGGAGAGAUCCUUUUAAGCCUCGGCAAAGACCAGUGGAAGUGAGAAGACCCCCCAAACAUUUGCAAACGAUCAGGAAGCCACCUAAGCCUCGUUCAGGUCGGAGACCCAUCAAUGUUCCAAUAAAAAGACCCCGCCUAAGAAGACCUCCUGUACCUAAGAGACAGCUACAAGCAGGGUGGUUGGGUUAAGAGAAGAAUGAAGUAAAAGAAAUUUCUUUUAUUCAUUAAAAAAUAUCAUUGAAACAAGUCAGAUAAAUAGUAAAUAAAUAUGUUUUGGAUUGUG